CCGUCGAUCGUUGCACAAGCACAACCAGCACCGUGGGCUAGAUGUUAGUGGAAGGUAUUGGUGCGACCGCCGUCCGGAACGUAUCGCCCGCCCCAGAACACAUUCCUGUACCGUCCGUGUGCGUACUCGGGAUGGACCAGCAAUCGAACGAAUCGGCAGCAGUGGCCGUGGCGGCUGCAGCCGCUGCCGCAGCCGCCGCCGCUACGGGCCGCACGGGAACUUCCACCGGAACGCAGGCGGGUGACUUUGCGGCAGCGGCCGCCGUAGUGUUAUCGUUGCAGAACACAAUGGUUACCAGCCUGCAGCAAGCUGCGCUCAUGCCGGCUAACUCUGCCGCCGCAGCAGCCCUAAACCUUCAAGCGCUCGAGUCCUAUCUGACGCUGCAGAGGAUUACAAGCAAAUCGGAAGUGUUGCGUUUAAGUUCUAGCGGUGGACACACGUCAUCCCACCAGCGUAAUCAACCCCUGCCUUCGAUGCCUAUAACCGGCCCAGCUGCUCAGACUUCGAACGAUUCUAGCUCUGCCGGCGGUGAUGCGAUCGGUGAGGAUAUGUUCAUGGACACGUCCGGACCUUCGAUGCUGCUACAAAGUGGAGACCUAGCGGACGAACUGCCCGUGCUAGACCAGGAUGAAGAUCUCAACUUCGACGAUGCAGCCGACGACGCUUCCGACGGCAAUUCGCUCGACAAUGGCUAUCCGAGCCUACUACUCAACGCCGCCUUCCAUCAUCAGAUGACGGCGGAUAAAAUGAAAACCUUGGCUGCUGGUAGCGUUGGCACCGCCACUCCUGCAACUGUCAGCUCAGCCGUGCCUGGAAGUGUAGGCUCGAAAGACCCACAAAGCAAUGCUGCUUCAACGACGGCAACAACUGUAGCGCCCGGCGGUAGUGGUCAACGUCCCAAGAAGCAAUUUAUCUGCAAAUUCUGCAAUCGGCAGUUUACCAAGUCCUACAACCUGCUGAUCCACGAGCGUACGCACACCGACGAGCGGCCGUAUUCGUGUGACAUUUGCGGAAAAGCCUUCCGUCGCCAGGAUCACCUGCGCGACCAUCGCUACAUUCACUCGAAGGAGAAACCGUUCAAAUGUCUGGAAUGCGGAAAAGGAUUCUGCCAGUCGCGAACGCUCGCCGUGCACAAGAUACUGCACAUGGAGGAGUCGCCCCACAAGUGUCCGGUGUGCAGCCGCAGCUUCAACCAGCGCUCGAAUCUCAAAACGCACCUGCUCACGCACACCGACAUCAAACCGUACCACUGCAUCGCUUGUGGCAAGGUAUUCCGACGGAAUUGUGACCUCCGCCGGCACAGCCUCACGCACAAUCUCGGCUCGACGGGUGGCGCCGGCACUGGCAGUGGGUUCGACCUGACCGGUGCGGGUGGAUCGACUGCCGUCGGUCCGGAUGCUGGCGAGAGUGAACCGGACGGAUGCGAGCUAAAGACGGUGGAUCUGAUGGCACUGGCCGAUGUUGACUGAUGGCGGGGGGAGUCGUGGCGUCAAA